AUGGGUAGAGGAAAAAUUGAAAUCAAGAAGAUUGAGAAUGUAAGUUGUAGGCAAGUGACGUUUUCAAAGAGGCGUAGUGGUCUGUUUAAGAAAGCACAUGAACUUUCUGUGCUUUGCGACGCUGUAGUUGGUAUUAUCGUCUUUUCAAAUACCAGCCGCCUCUACGAGUUCUCCAGUUCUAGCAUGAGGGGAAUAAUCGAUCGAUACAACCGUGCAACAGGAUCAUCCACGUCACAAAUGCAAGUUGAGACGGUGCAAGAACAAACCGAGCUUGAGAUAUUGAGACACGAAGUAGCUAGACUCCAAAAUGAAAACGCGAUGUUGAAGGGAAAUGAUCUUGGGGGCAAGAGCAUAUUGGAACUUCAGCAAUUAGAGCGUCAAUUAAAUGAUAGCUUAGUAUCAGUCUUAAGGAAGAAGGAGGCUAUGCAGUCUAAGGAGAUCCAAUGUUCCAAGCUCAAGAUUGAUAUGAUGUGUUUUAAUCUGUCAACUCAACUGCCUAUUCAACCUGGAAGCGGCACUGGCCACAGGGUUAGUCCAAAUACAGUGACAGUGACAGACAUUGAAACCACGCUCCAAUUGUGGCCAACAUGUAGUGAACACUCAAAAGCAAAGGAAGUAACAUUGACAAGGAGGGAAAGUAAUUCAAGUAGUUGUUGA